AUGUUUUGCAGAUUCUCCUCAGAGGAUGUAUCUGCUCAAAAUCAAGUCAAGGCAUCUGUGCAACGCAAAAUACGGCUAAGUAUUGCAGAUGAGUACCCUGGACUUGAUCCUUUGUUGGAUGACUUGCUUCCGAAGAAGUCCCCCCUCAUUGUCGCUAAAUGUCCAAAUCAUCUGAAUUUGGUCAUUGUGAACAAUGUGCCACUGUUCUUCAACAUUCGUGAUGGACCUUAUAUGCCAACAUUACGACUUCUUCAUCAAUAUCCCAAUAUCAUGAAAAAACUACAAGUAGACAGGGGUGCAAUUAAAUUUGUCCUUGCUGGUGCAAACAUUAUGUGUCCUGGCCUCACAUCUCCUGGUGGUGCUUUGGAUGAUGAAGUGGCUGAGGAAACUCCUGUGGCUAUAAUGGCUGAAGGAAAGCAACAUGCUCUUGCUAUUGGCUUUACAAAAAUGUCGGCGAAGGACAUAAGGGCAAUCAACAAGGGAAUUGGUGUAGAUAACAUGCAUUACCUCAAUGAUGGUCUUUGGAAGGUAUUCAUGGUUAAAACUCUCGUCUUCGAUUCUGCAUUAUUGUAAUUUUAUGUUCCUCAAUGACACAAAUGUAAUAUUUCUCGCAAAUCACUACGGUAAUUCUCUGGGAAAAUUACAAGGAAGAUAAAGAAUUUUUCUCGGCACCAAGCUGAGAAGAUUAAUAGAUGUUGGGAUUUUAAAU